UGGUGUUAGGGGGUGUGGUGGUUCUAUCACUGCGUUCUAAAUACGUACUUGCUCUUGGGUAGUAAUAGGCAGAUUCUUUGCGGCUUCCAUCGUAUCUUUCUUGUACGCAGCCUAGUGAGCAUGAGGUGGGUGAGUGGGUGGGCGUGGCGGCUAGGUGGGGCAGUGGGUGUCAUUUGGUUAGUGGGUGUAGCGUUACUAGCGCCCUCCCCACCCCUGCCCUCCCACACCACUGAGGCUAGUCUGUCCCUGAGGCUACAGCGCGCAGUGAGGGAUCUGCAGGAGCUACAGAAGCAGAACUCUGACAUCCGCGCCAUGCUCGCCGACUUCACCAGGCAGCUGGGUGAGGUGGGUGAUGGUGGAGGAGGGCUGCUGCAGCAGCUGGAGGAGAAGCUGCGGCAGGCGCAGCAACUGCUGCACGACUCAGACGCCGCGCACGCGCACGAUCAAGCAGGCGAUGUUCCGUCGUUUACACCGAGCCUGGAGUUCGAGGUGACGAGACGUCGUGUGGGGCGUGGGGUGCUGGAUAUGUGGUGGUACUUGGAGGACCAGCUCAGGGACCUCAGGGGCAGUCUCGACGCCUUCCCCAACCACGUCAACCAAAUCACAACCAUCAUCGAGAACGGUGCUGAGCAUGCCAGGGUAACGCGCCACGACCUGGCCCACCUGAGUGGGGCGGACGGGCUGAGCGUGUGGCGGGAGCGCGAGGCUGCGGACCUGAGCGCUCUGGUGCAGGCGCGGCUACACGCACUCCAGCACCCCAGCGACUGCAGCACUGCGAGGAAACUGACCUGCAUGCUUAAUAGGAAUUGUGGGUACGGCUGCCAGAUCCAUCACGCGGUGUAUUGCUUCAUCAUGGCCUACGGUUCCAAGCGAACGCUCAUCCUCAAGUCCCAGGAAUGGCGGUAUAACCCGGCGGGGUGGAAGGAUGUCUUCAAACCGCUCAGCAGCACCUGCACCGACCCCAGUGGCGGAUGGAUAGUUCACUGGCCUGGAAACAACAACACUCAGGUGCUGGACUUACCAAUCAUCGGCUCGCUAGCUCAACGGCCUGCGUUUUUACCUCCGGCGAUUCCUAAGGAUCUACGUCGACGAAAUACUCGGCUGCACGGCAACCCUUCCGCCUGGUGGAUCGGCCAGUUCCUCAAGUACAUGCUUAAGCCACAACCCAAGCUCCAGCAAGUGCUCGACUCCAUGAGCGAUCAGAUGAACUUCCAUGGUCCAAUCGUGGGAGUGCACGUCCGGCGUACCGAUCAGGCCGCGUUUCAUCCCAUCGAGGAAUACAUGCGCUACGUCGACGAAUACUUCGACGACCUCAGCCUGACCAGCCCCAACGUCAAGAGAAGAGUUUACGUCGCCUCUGACGACCCCAGCGUCAUCAAGGAUACCAGGAGCAAAUAUCCUAACUACGAAGUUCUGGGCGACCCUGACAUAGCCAAGAGUGCCGCCCUCACUACCCGCUACUCAGACUCUGCUCUGAAGGGCAUCAUCGCUGACAUUCACUUCCUUUCACUCACGGACUACUUAGUGUGCACCUUCUCGUCGCAGGUGUGUCGGAUAGCGUACGAGGUGAUGCAGACGAUGCACCCCGACGCGUCGUCCGCCUUCCACUCGCUGGACGACAUUUAUUAUUACGGCGGCCAGAGCUCCCACAACCAGAGGGCGCGCUUCGACCAUGUGCCUCGCAGCGGCUCAAACGAAAUGGCUUUGACGAAGGGCGACAUCAUCGGCAUUGCAGGGAACCACUGGAACGGCUACUCUAAAGGCGUCAACAAACGCACCCGUCAGAGCGCCCUCUACCCGUCAUACAAGGCCGAGGACGUGGUGGUCACGGCAGACUGUCCUACGUACGAGGAAGUUAGAUUAAAUAGCAAAAGCGAUAGUAUCCCUGACAUCGCAAGUCACAAACGUGAUGUAUUAAGUAAUAGUUUAGAGAGAGAAAAUAAAGUUACUUAACUAAGGCUACAUAGCUUAUUCCAGUGCCAAAGUUUUGUUUUUCUUCUACGAUACACGAAGCGUGGACCGUUUUAUCGUACGUGACUUCUCAGUUCUCACCAUUUUUGUUAUAUAGUAUAUAUAGGUCUUUUGAUGACAUUUAUAGUCUUUGGAUGACAUUUUGUUCCAAAUUUUGACAAAUGGGAACAUUAUUCCAAUAAAAUGCCACUUUUACAGAUUAUAAUAAGAUUUUUUUAUUUAUUUCUGUUAUCUACGUAUGAAACCGGCAAUGAGUCAUGCUGGAUGCGAUUCCGAUAAUUGUUUGCUGUAAAACGUAAUGUUUAUUUUUACGUUACAUUUUUAUGUUACUUUACGCGAGUUUAUGUGAAGUUCGUCAUAAACCCAGUGAAUUAUGUUUGGUGUGUUAGGUGCUGAUAUAAACUUCACAUAACGUAAGCGUCAGCGAUAUCAAUUAUUAGAAGAAAUUAUUUCGCGUACGGAAUUUUCGUUUGGCAGGUCCACGGAUCGUUUGGUUUGCGCUCACGUUAAGAGGUCACAAAUCCAUGCAUAUAAGAACUUGCGUUACCAUAUUUUUCUAAGACUUGGAUUGUACUCCUUGCAAAUGAUGGAUAUUAUGACGGUAUAAACUGAAGAGAUGAAAAUUUUGAGAUAAAUUUAGAUUGAUGCUAUCGUCUUGUGCAGAUGUUCAAAAUUGAUUUAUUUAUAUUUAUUCGAGGUAUAGGAGUCGUAACUAUUAUAAAAUGCUGCUGUGAAAUUACUUUUUUAUACUCGCUUCAAUCUGGUAUUACAGUUCAGACUUAAUGAACGAACUCUUCAGUUUAAGAAAUUUGAUCCCAUUGCAAAAUGUCGAUGGCAAAGCAUUAAAAAACAGUAACUUGUAUAAAUCUAUUUUUAACAGUGAUUGUGACGUAUUACUAAUUCAAAAGAGGCAUUGUUUUCUCAGAGGGCAUUUUUUGGACCUCCAUUUUGUGUGUUUGUUCUAGUAUUCCCACCCAUUUGAUGUUGACGUGUUCUAUUACCACCUAUUUGAUGUCAGUGUGUUCUAUUCCCACGUAUUUGAUAUCUGCGUGUUCCCACAUAUUUGAUGUGUGAUGUACUCUCACAAAUUUGAUGUUAGCGAUGUUCUUACCUGAUUAAUGACCGCGUGUACUACACUUGUACACUUGUCCAAUGUAAUCCGCUCGUACUCUCAACAUAUCAUGCAAUGUAAUGAGCUCAUUAUCAAUGUUCAUUCCAAUUCGCAAGUGUGUUAUUUUUUGGCAUGUUCGCCGAUUACAUUUUGUGGUCUUAGGUAUACUGACUUCUAUUCAUGCUGACAUGGCACAUUCUGCAAAAUGGUGUUAUAUAAUUUGACUAAAUAUGUAGCACAGGAGGUUGGUUCGACAAGGCCUGCUUCUCGAUAUCAGGUGCGUUCGGAUGUGUGCUUCUUUUAAAUGACUUUUACCUCUGUGCCUGCUUGUAACCAGAGAUUCGCGAGCUCUUUAAAGCAAAUGUUUCAACAGACGAGUUGAAUAACAUCAGAGUUUUGUUUACAAUACAGUGCAGUCUUAGUCAAUACUCAAAUAAGAUAUGUUCAUCCCACCCUGUGUCUAAUGCGGAACGAGCUUCUCGAAGUGACUUCGAUUAGUUUCUGCGUUUGAUUAGGAAAUAAGGAUAUGUGCAACAAGAAUGUCCAGCUUUCUAUGGAUAGAUUGCAUUAAAACUUUGUAAUCAAAGCUAAAAAUUGCAUGCAUUUUUUUUAUUUUUUAACUUAACGUCUGUUGAGGGCCUCAGAGCUUUUUUUCCAAGUUUACCUUGAGCGAUGCAAAUGCUCAACGAUAUUUUACCUAAUAAUUAUGUACUACUUAACAUUAUAUCAGGAGUAUGUGUUAAUAUAAUUAAUUCAACUUCUUAAACUAUUUCCAUUUGUAAAAUAGUAUUAGAAGUUUUGGUACGUUUUAGACAUUGUAUUACGACUUGCGAUAUUGUUACGCGUUUGCUAUUGUGAUCUGGUGAAUGUUGCAAGAGUACAUGUAAGUGCCCUUCAGUCUGUACGCCUUACAGAAUUGUUCUCACGGUCUUCAUGUUUGAGUGUCCACCUUAUGCUCCGUCGUUCCAGUUUCUUCUCGUGCCAGAAACAAAAGACAAAUAAUCUGCUAGGCUUGAAUAUAGAAACUAUCAUUCGAUAAAGUUUCACAGGUCUCAAAGAGCGAUAUCAAGAUCUCCGUUGUGAAUGUGCCGAAAUGCCGGUGAUAUUUAUAAUUCACACUUCCAAUGUACCUCAAAUUUGUGGACAUGUUAAAAACUAUAACGACGCAGGGAUGUCAAAUUAAUAAGCCUGCACUUUUGUAAAAAAAAAUGGUAAGCUAAAUUAUUUUAUAAGCCAUCAUAUUAAACGUGAUCAUACCUACAGUACAGUCGAGAUGAACAGUUCAAUCCAAGUUAGGAUUUGGUUAAACGGCUAGCGAAUGGAGACAAGUAAAUAAUAGAUCUUGAGCAUAUGCGAAUGGUUUAAAACCCGGAGAGCGCAAUUUAUUAGUGAAUUCAAUACAACUGUUGUGGAACUAGUCAUACACAUCCCGCAACCGCGGUUAAUGGAGAAUAAAUGAAAUAUAACAUGCGUUUCUUUGUC